AUGUUAAGUCGUUGUGCUCGAGGAUUCGCCGUUCCCGUCCUCAAGGGUGUCCUUCAUGUAAGCUGAUUUUUUUUUUGGUAACAAGCUUUGAUAAUGAUGUAGAACAUUCAUGGAGAAUUUUUCAAAAAAAAAAAUGAGACCAAUUGAAAUUUUGACAUCAUAUUUUUUUCUGAAACACUAACAUGAUUUAAAUUCACUUUUUUUCAAAUAACUGCUCCCAAAAUAGAGGAAACCUGCAGUUAUGCGUUUGAGCGUGAGAGAAAAAACAACUCAAUACAAGUUUUUGAACUCAGUAUUAAUGGUUCUCUUUUAAUGAAUAAAGAUUGUAAAUUGCUCUCGGGAACUCUAAAUUUUUUUAGUUUACGAAGUUUUUCCACAAAGUUGUUUUGAUUCAAUAUUAUGAGGAUUCGAAAUAUAUUUUUUUGUUACAUACAAAAACCUUUUUUCCAGCCCACGCGUGCUACCAGCAGCAUCGCUCACACGAUGAAGGUAGCCGAAAGAAUCGAAAAAACUCGCGAGAAGGCCCUUCAAGGUGGAGGCCAGAAACGUAUCGACGCUCAGCACAAUCGAGUAAAUUUUGAUGAUGAAUUCUAUGAAAAUAAACAGAGAAUAUUUUUCAAUGUGUUUUUUUUAGGGAAAACUUACGGCUCGGGAGCGACUCGACCUUCUUCUGGACCGCGGUUCAUUUCGAGAAUCUGACAUGUUUGCGGAGCACACGUGCACUGAUUUCGGAAUGCAGAAGGAAAAGGUACAGUUUCUAUAUGUUAACGAAAAAAAGCUUCGAUAUUACAUAGUUUCAAAUUAUUGAAGCGUUUCGAACCGACAAAUUUUUGCAAAGAAAAAAUUCUUUCAUGAAAAAAGGAAAAACCUGUUUUAUCAAUAUUUUAUUGUAAUAUUUCUUCUAUUCAUCUCAAAGAUAAAGUUACUGAACUCAUGAAAAAAAUACGCUGAAAUGAAUUUUUUUCUUUUCAAAAAUUUGAAAUUUUGUUAACGAAGUUUAUUUUUAAAAAAAUAUUUUUUUAUAUUCGUUGAUAAAAUGUUCAUUAUAGAGUCAGAUCAGAGUAAGAGCUUUUAUAAUUACUUAAAUCAAAAAAAAUUGUUGUAAAGCAAAAACUAAGUUUUUGAAUUUCAGUAUCCCGGUGAUUCGGUCGUGACUGGACGUGGAAAAAUCAACGGCAGAACAGUUUUUGUAUUCUCUCAAGACUUCACUGUUUUCGGAGGAUCUCUUUCUUCAAUCCACGCCAAGAAGAUCGUCAAAAUCAUGAAGGUCGGAUUCCUCAAUAAAUCAAUAAAAACGACAAAAAAAAUAAUCGAGCGAAGUCCGUUAUUUGUGUGCAGAAGUUUCCAGAGACCAAGUGGAAAAUUCAGCAAAAAUGUAGCAAAUCGGAUGUAGAAUCUGAGAAAAGCUUCUCUGUGCCAUAAUAAAAAUCGAUACGAAAUCAUGCUUUUCUAUUCAUUUUUAUUUAGGACGCAAUGCUGGUCGGGGCGCCCGUCAUCGGACUGAACGACUCUGGCGGCGCUCGAAUCCAAGAAGGAGUCGAUUCUCUCGCUGGUUAUGCUGAUAUUUUCCAGGUAUUCAUAUUUUCUGAAUUAAAAAAAUCAUAUUUUUGGAAUUUCAGGCUAACGUUCUAGCUUCUGGUUGCAUUCCACAGAUCUCCUUAAUCAUGGGUCCUUGCGCUGGAGGAGCUGUGUAUUCUCCAGCUCUCACUGAUUUCACUUUCAUGGUUUGCGAUUUUUGAAAGAAAGAAAAAUAUUUCACCACCAUCAAGAUAUAAAGAAAACCAACGAAAAAAAAAUGAAUUUUCCCGAUUUUUCUGGAUAUCAAAUAAACUGUACAAAAAAAAGUUUGAAACAAAAUGUAAAAUGAUCGAAAGAAACGAGCGACUCGUGCUUGCUCAAAAUGCCUCGUAAGUAUGAUUACUGUUUCAAAAAGUGAUGAAAAAAAGUCAAAAGGUCCAACUAUAAAUUUGGAAGAAUCAUUACCCCAACUUUAAAAAGUUUCAAAUAGGUUUCAAAUUUAUUAUAACUGAAUUAUAAAUGUCCUGAAAAAUAGAAUUUCAAAGAUACUCAACAUUUACGAGGACACAGUAAGAUAAUAUAAAAAAAAGCUUGAAGAAUUCUGGAGGAGCUCCUUUUUUUUCAUUGAUAACUUCAGGUUCGAGACACGAGUUAUUUGUUCAUCACUGGUCCUGACGUAGUAAAAGCCGUUACCAACGAAGAAGUAACUCAAGAAGAACUUGGAGGAGCUAAGACACAUACCGUUACUUCUGGUUAGCGUUAUCCCACAUUUCUGUUUCAAAAAUAUAAAGAAUGAAACCAUAAGACAUUUUUUUCCAGGAGUCGCCCAUGGCGCUUUCGACAACGACGUUGAUGCUCUGAUGCGAAUGCGGGAACUUUUCAACUAUUUGCCACUUUCCAACACGGACAGUCUGCCAAUCCGAGCUUGUGACGACCCGUGGUAUAAUUUUGAAAUGUUUCUAUAAAUAUGAAAAAAAAUUCUACUUGAUUUUUAUGAUUUUAGAAAAUUUCCAUCACUUUUUUAAAAAUUUCGCGAAGAUCUGUUGAGAGUUCCUGAGUUCAGAUCACACAAAAACGUAGAAACCUGUCCAAAACUUGACUGAAAGUUGAAACUGGAAAGUUUGUUUUACACGUAUCAAAACGACCAUUCUUGCAGCUUUUCAUCAUAUUUUUGAGCUGCGGCCUUUUUUUAAGGAUAUGUUACGGAGGUUCGAAAAUUCCAUAUUUCUUUGAUGUUCUUCAUUCACAGCCGAAAACAGUAGUUUUUGAAAUCAUAUGUCCGAUAUUUUAAGAUUUAACGGUUUAACGAAACUUGAGACUCGUAUAUCAAGAAAUUCUAGAAAAAAAGACCUUAAAAAAAAAACUUGACAGGGAUCGCGACGUUCCAUCUUUGAACACUGUCGUUCCUUUGGAAAGCACAGCCGCCUACAACAUGAAAGACGUGGUCUCGGCUUUGGUUGAUGAGGGAGACUUUUUCGAAAUCAUGCCGGAUUACGCUAAGGUGCAAUUAAAAAAAAUUCCGAAUUAUCUCUUUAUUAUCAGAACAUCGUUGUCGGUUUUGCUCGAAUGAACGGCAGAACCGUUGGAAUCGUUGGAAACAACCCGAAAUUCGCUGCCGGUUAGUAGUGUCUUUCUUUGAAAAAGUAGAAGUUAUACAAUUUCAGGUUGCUUGGAUAUCAACUCGUCGAUUAAAGGAGCUCGUUUCGUUCGAUUCUGCGACUCUUUCAAUGUUCCUAUCAUCACCUUAGUUGAUGUUCCUGGGUUCCUUCCUGGUGAGUUCUUGGGAGCUUCAGAUCAGUUUUGAACCAUUUGGCGGAAAUAAAAAUGCUGCGAAAAAUCACAAGUUUCUAGAUAAAACCUUGAAACAGAAAGGUUUGACUAGGGAACGUUUUUCACUCACGGUGGAACAUUUGACUAAAUUUUUCUGCAAAGUACUUAAGUACCUCCUAAUUGCAGAAAAAAAUUCUCGCAAUAGAUCUUUUUUUCGAGUCAUAGAGCUUCAAAGUCCGCAAAAUACACAAAAUGAGACAAAAAAGCGCUGGUUCACGCUUUUUUGUCAUAAUUUGCGGACUUUAAAGCGUUCCCGGGUGAACUUUUGGUACUCAUGACAAAAAUUAUGAAACUUUAUGUGUAAACAGUUUCGUCAAGCAAAAUGAUUACUGUGUCUUUCAGGAACUUCCCAAGAAUACGGCGGUAUUAUCCGCCACGGAGCGAAGCUUCUCUAUGCAUAUGCUGAAGCCACCGUCCCCAAAAUUACGAUCAUCACCCGCAAAGUUUGAUUGAAUCAACUUCUCUUGAGAAAAAGUACUUGACAGGCCUUUGGUGGAGCCUACGACGUCAUGGCUUCGAAACAUCUUCGUGGAGACAUCAACUACGCCUGGCCCACCGCUGAAGUUGCCGUUAUGGGAGCCAAGGUUGGGCAAAAAAAUAGAGGAAAGUGAAAAUUUCACUUCAGGGAGCUGUUUCCAUUCUGUUCCGAAACGACAAAGCGAAUGCGGCCAAGCAUGAGGAGGAGUACACAGAGCUUUUCAGCAACCCGUUCCCGGCCGCAGUUCGAGGUUUUUUCUUCUUCCUGAUCAAAUAAUCUCAAAAAAUCGAAAAUUUCGGUUAUAUCUGAAGUUGGAUUCAAGAACUUGAAAAGCUAAAAGAAACCUGUUCUGAGUGAGUAUAAAAGUGAAAUUGUCGAAUUUAUGAAAGAUUUUCCGUAUGUAAAAUCAAAAAAAUCAAGAAUAAUCAAAAAGUUCUCGCCGUACUGACGUCAUCAAUCCAUAUCUGUAAAUAAUUUGAUAGAGCCGCAAAAUUAAAAAAACGAUCUUAAAAAUAGUGCAGUUCAGCUGAAAAAAUCAGAUGAGAAAGGAAGAUACAUAUUACUAAUUCAAUCACAACACACCACUUAAAAAUGCGAAAAUUUUUUCUGUAGACGAAAAUCAUUGUUUCCCUUAUGAAACAUUAAACUUUAGGGCAUCUUGGAUCAAAACCUCCCAAUAAAACUUAUCUAUUCCGAAGCUGAAUUUUCAACAUUUUCAGGCUUUAUCGAUGAUAUCAUCAAGCCGUCCGAGACCCGAAAGCGCGUGUGCGAUGACCUCAACAUGCUCGAAGGGAAGAAACUGACCAACCCAUGGAAGAAGCACGGCAACAUCCCCUUGUAA